AUGAAAGCCUUCCGAGUGGCUCCAUCUAAAACUGUCCUAAAUUCUGCACCAUCCACGGGCUUGUUCCAUGGUUGUAGCUUGACGGGACGCUAUUUUCAUGCUGAUCGACACAAAAUUCACCACACCUUGCCGGGUGUGAAAGAUACAAAAGAUGAUGUUGAUGCCUUGAGGCGAUUGACGUCGGGCCGAUGGCUAUGGCGCGAGGAGGAACAACUUACAUGCCGUUACGUUAAGUUCGAGCUCCAAGAGCUCCUGGACAUUGCUGCGUCCGUUGUUGGAGCGCAAUCUUGCGCUCAAGUCCUGAAAGCUUCCGAAGGCCAGUAUAAUAAAGUCUUCUUACUGACUAUGGAUAAUGGGCGGGAAAUCAUUGCCAAAUUACCUAAUCCUAACGCCGGUCGACCUCAUUUCACGACAGCAAGUGAGGUUGCAACCAUGGACUUUUUACGAAAUGUCCUAAAUCUGCCUGUCCUGCGGGUCUAUGCAUGGUGCUCCAGAGCAACUAACAACCCUGUUGGCGCCGAGUAUAUUCUGAUGGAGAAACAGCCUGGCGUCAUGCUCAGCGAUCUUGUGUUACAGGUCGUUGACUUUGAAAAGACCCUUGCCACGACAAAGUUCACCGGCUUUGGUAGCUUUGGAAGAAAGAUAGAGAAUACCAAUUUUGCGAUUGGGCCGACAAAUCAUCGUGCGUUCUGCGAUUUUGGAAGAGGGUCAUUGGAAAUUGAUCGUGGGCCGUGGGCCUCAGCUAUCGAGUUCGCGACGGCAGUCGCGAAGAGGGAGAUCGCGAGUGUAAAGGGCGGACUCAAAUAUCCAUUGAUGCCAGAAGGUCUUUUCUAUGGACCGCGACAAUACCAGCCCAUGGCCUCAAAAAAGCUCUCAGCACUUCAUAAUUACCUCAAGGUAGCCACUUACACCCUUCCGGAGAACUCUAUCAGCCACGCAUCAGUUCUGUGGCACGGCGAUUUGAACUUGCAAAAUAUAUUCGUCGAUCCUAAGGAGCCAACACGAAUUCUGGGGAUCAUUGAUUGGCAAUCUGUAAGCCUUUGCCCACUGUUUACCCAGGCCACCCGUCCAGCUUUCUUGGAAUACGACGGUCCUCUUCCCGAGACAUUAGACAAGGUCCGUCUACCCGAGAACUUUGAGUCCUUGAGCCCAGCAGAACAGCAGAAAGCGAAAGCACUGCACCAAGCACAGACACUACAUAAUCUCUACUUAGCGCGGUCACGACAAGCCAACCCUCUGGUCUUCGAAGCUAUUCAGAGCCAAAAGACACUCCGUCAUCAAAUCAGUGUUAUCCCGGGGUUGACGAUAAUGGACUAUGAGCCGUGCCUCAACAAUCUUCUCAGAGACAUACAGAAGGAGUGGCCGAGUAUAGUCGGGCCAGAGUCGGAUGGAGCUUCAUCAAUACCUUGCCCGUUGCAGUUCUCGCCGGAUGAAGUGCAGGAGCAAGAACGGGAUGAAGAGCUGUGGGCUCAAGGUGUGAGGCUCAUGGAGGAAUUUACGAGCGACACGGGGUGCUUUAAGCAUUGGGAUGGGAGGGUUAAUGAACAGGAUUACGAGCUAUCGAGGAAACAGCUGGAUGACGGGGUGGAGAGGUUUCUGCAGCGUGAGGCAAGAAGUGAAGAGGAGCGGAGGGAGUGGCUUGAAGCUUUACCGUUUGUGGAUUAG